GAAAGCUACUACGGAUUGUGGAGAGAAGAUCAACCCAACGGACAUGGUGUGUUCCGAUGGUUUUCCGGCGACAUAUAUAUGGGAGAAUGGCAAGCAGGAAAAGAGCAAGGUUACGGAGUGUAUGAGUAUGGCGAGCAUGGAUCGUUCCGGGGGGAUGUAUACGAAGGAACCUACUUUGCUGGUCUGCGCCAGGGCAUCGGAGUUUACAAAUAUUCAGCCAGAGGCGAAAAACCAGGGGGCGUGUACAUGGGAGAGUGGAUGAGAGGCUACAUGCAUGGAAAGGGAGUGCUGACCUAUGAGGACGGAGAAUUCUACAUCGGCACAUGGAAGGUCGACCACAAGGAUGGCAUAGGGGUCCGUGGGUUCUGUAGGAGACAGGGGUUCAUUGAUUUCAACGUGCAGGUGUACAGCUGGGGAAGGUUAGCUGGUGAAAAUGCAGGAGACAAAUUCGAAGGGAAGUUUACGAAAGGCCUGGCGAAUGGGCAUGGCAGGACCAUCUUCAAUGAUGGGUCGAAGCACCAGGGAGAAUAUUCCGACGGUGAGCUACAUGGAUGGGGCAUCCUGAGGGCUUCCGACGGGUGGGAGUUUGUUGGGAAGUGGGUACGGAACGAGCUGGAUGGAGAGGUUGUAAGAAUGAAUAGCUUCGGUUUUCAAGCCCAAAAAAUUGUUCAGAUCUACAGCAAAGGAAAACUAAUUGGAACGAGAGAGUAUGACAAGUUAGGAGAUUGGGAGAAAAUCGAAUCGCAAGCUCAUGAGAACGCAAAAGAUGGAGAAGCUUAUGCAAAGCUUGCUCGAAAUAUUUUUGCAACAGUUACAGCAACUGCAAAGAAAGCAAGAAAUACCCAAAUUUUGGCACAGGAUGCAGCAGAAGAAGCAAUAUAUUGGCUAAGAGAGGCGAAGAAAUUUCGGAACUACAUCCGUCAAUGGUUUGGCAUAAGAAAGUACAUCUGGCCCAUCGACGCUUGA